UUUCAAACCAUAGAAGAUCGAGUUAAAAUAUGUUUUCUUUUCUUUUUCUACUUCAAUCGUUUAUCAAACAAAACGCAUCGAGUUAAAAUAACGUUUGUAGGAGAACCAAUAGAACUUUUAUUAUAAAUAAACUUAUUAUUGUCGAUGACACUAUACCAUUAUUGUACAGUCUCUCUCCAAUCUCGUUUAUGUAUAGUAUAAAUAUACACGAUCUUCCUUUUAGUACAGAACCCACCUAAAGCUCCAAACCCAAAAAAAAAAAAAAAGAAAGCUGCAGAGAAGCAAACAACAACAAAAAUGCAGCCAGAGAUUUCAGAUCAAAUAUUAUAUUCUUUCCUCAUCGGAGGAUCCUGUGCCUCGUCGACCACCACCACCACCACAAGGUCGUCUUUCUACCCGUUUGCCAUGGAAGACACAAGUUCUCAAGACAAAGCUCUUGCUACUACUCUCAGGAAACAUAGAGAAGGUGAGCGAAUGAGAAGAGAAAGAAUCAACUCUAGUCUUAACAAGCUCCGGAACUUACUCUCUUGUAACCCCAAGACCGACAAAGCCACACUACUAGCAAAAGUGGUCCAACGAGUCAACGAACUAAAACAACAAACCCUAGAAAUCUCCAACGAAAACGUACCGUCUGAGACAGACGAAAUCAGUGUACUCAACUUCGAAAACUGUUCCAACGACGACGGUCGGAUAAUCUUCAAGGUAUCGUUCUGCUGCGAGGACAGGCCAGAUCUCAUGCAAGAUCUCGUGGAGACACUCAAGUCUCUUCAGAUGGAAACUCUCUAUGCAUAUAUGACGACAAUUGGUGGUCGGACGAGAAAUGAUCUCGUUGUGGUCGGCAACAAAGAGCAGCACAGUGUCGAGUCGGUGAAGUUACUACAGAACGCAUUUGAAUCGUUGCUCGAACGGUCAAACCAGUCGGUGAUGAUGGGACAUGGUGGUGGGCGAGAAAGGUCCAAAAGACGUCGUCCUCUCGAUCACAUCAAACGGGUGUGAUUUGAUGAGACUUGAGCACUAUAUUAUAUAGUUUUCUUAUGAUUAAUAUAAACUUUUAACUUUGGUUAGAUAACUUUUGGAAUGGAUCGACGUGGAAUGAUAUUCUAUUAAUUCAAAAAGGAAAAUUCACCA